CGUACUGAUGCAUUCAGACCUCAGCGUCUCACGAGAACAAAGCUUUGGUCGUCCCUGUCGUUCGGCUGCCACCCGGACAUGAGCGCGGGUGAGAUUUAUGAGGCAUUCGAAUAUGCAUCCGAACCCAAGUCCGCUCUUCGCGCAUCAUGAGCCACGACACAGCCAGACUAGUCCCUGCCUCUUGAUCUAUCGCGAUCGUGUCUCUCACGACGACGAUCCCGCGGAUCAUCACCAUCCAUAUGCUUGUCCCUGUCCAUGUUCCUGUCCUCAUGAUCUCGACUACGCCGCCUAUCCCUCUGAUCCUCUCUUUGCCUGUCGUCCCUGUGGUCCCAGUCACUUCGUCGCCUGUCAUCCUUCUCUGGCUUAUCAUCACGGUAUCUCUCAGACCUGUAUCGAUCAUCACGAUCUGAGCGAUCAUAAGACCUUGACCUGGAUCUGUCUCUAUCUCUGUACCGGUCGUCUCGUCUCCGUGAAUCCCGAUCCCUAUGUCGUUCCUCUCGUCUCACUUCUCGUUCGGCACGCGCGAGUGCUCUCUGUUCUUUCCGUAGACUAAUAAGCUGGUCAGCCAAGCUCUCUCUCUCUCUCGUUCUGGAUCAGCGUCAUGACGGACGUGUCACGGCUGAAGGCAGAC